AUGAUCAGGAUGGCUAAAAAUCUGGGGCACCGGGAUGCAUCACUGACAUGGACCGAGCGGACCGCCCCCUGCAGCAGGAAAACCGGCUGCAGCUCGUUGGACAGAAGGGAGAGCUCUCGCGGGCUUUUGCGCAGCCUUAUUAUCGAACACGACGAAGAUGCCACCGCCGGCAGCAACAAUUGCAUAUCCUCCUUUCUCGUCGAAUAGAAGAACAGUAGCGGUGGCGGGAAGAAGUCGGAGCGGCAUCAUCGCGCCCCGAAGGGGGGCGGGGCUCCUGGCGACGGCUCAUGCCGCUCUACUCGCCGUGCUGCUCGUGGGCCUCUCCCCGACCGGCUGCCGGUCUUUCGUCGUCUCCCCCCCCAUCCCCGGAGGAAGCGGCUUCCCUGCGUCCGCUAAAGGUGGCACUGACAGCGGGCAUUGCUCCGGGGGG